AUGUCUGACAUGGGUUACACGGGAGACCUGCCGGCUCCAGAAGAGAUCAGUGAACGGCUCGCUGCCAUCAAGGAAGAGGACGAAGAUCCCAAGACUUGGGAUUACAUCUACGACGUUUCCCCACCUGGAGAAGAAACUUCCGAGUCUGGCGCUCCGCCAUCCCUUGAAGUCAGCUCCUCUGUAGAGGUCCUCAGAUCCGAGAGGUCUUCAUUUGCCGAACCAGAGCCUCUCGUCGCAGUCAUCGGCGUCGGCUACGUGGGUGAGCAUCUCACUGAUGUCUUCUCUCGCUGCUUCAACGUUCUCGGAUACGACGUCUCCGAGACUCGUGUCAAGGAUCUUUCUGCCAAAUACCAUGGCAACGAGAGAGUCCGCAUCACUUCAGAGGCGGAAGAUCUCCGUGGAGCUUCGCACUUCCUCAUCUCGGUCCCUACCCUCCUCUUGAAGGACAAGACCGUCGAUACUUCGUACCUUCGAAGUGCUCUCACCACUGUGGAGAAUUAUGCAACUCCAGGCUCGACCGUCGUGAUUGAAAGCUCAGUCGCCGUUGGCAUGACUAGAAAGCUUCUCGGACCCCUUGCCAAAAGAAAGGGUCUCUUUGCUGGAAUGUCGCCUGAGCGUGUCGACCCCGGCCGCACUGAGCCGCCAGCCUAUGCCAUCCCGAAGAUCAUCUCCGGCCUCGACGAUGUUGCUCCGGGCUCGCUGGAGUCCAUCACCAAGCUUUACUCCACCGCCUUUGAACGAGUCGUCCCUGUCUCCAAGCCGGAAGUGGCUGAGAUGACCAAGCUCUACGAAAACUGCCAGCGCAUGAUGGGCAUUGCUUUCUCCAACGAGAUGGCCGACGCCUGUGAACCCAUCGGCAUUGACCCCUUUGAAGUCAGCAAUGCCGCUGCAACCAAGCCGUUUGGCUACAUGCCCUACUCGCCUGGCCUUGGUGUUGGCGGACACUGUAUUCCCGUCAACCCCUACUAUUUGCUGUCCAACAGCGCCUUUCCUCUGCUUCAAGCAGCUUCGGAGAGAAUGUACGCUCGUCCUGCCGAGAUUGGAGAGCGUGUCAUUGAUGAGCUUUACUCGAAGCGAACUGGCGAGGACAUGCCUCGUGUUCUCGUCGUCGGCAUGGGCUUCAAGCGCGGCCAGUCUCACCUUGUCAACUCGCCUGGCCUUGAACUGGCCAAGUCGCUUGCCAAGUCGGAGAAAGUCAGCGUCUCUUUCGCUGAUCCGCUCGUCAGCCAAGAGGCUUUGCCCAAUCUCAUACGCCUAGAUGAUGCAAACUGGACUGCCGAACACUUGGAGGAGAACUUCGACAUGAUUGUCGUCGCGUUCAAGCAGGAUGGCCUUGACUUUGGCGUCCUCGACAACCUUGUCAACGUGCAAGUUCAAAUGUGGUGCGCUUAG